AUGGACCCAUCUGAGAAGACAAGUAAUCAAACUCAUGAAGCCGGACCCAGUUUGUUUCCCACUGCUGUGUCAGAGGAGAAGCUGGACGAGGCCAGGAGGAAAAGCAGCUUCAGGGGUUUCAGAGACCGCCCUCUGGCAGCCAGCGAGGAUUCUGGGAGCGCCAUCGUUCAGAGCAAAGCUGCAGAGCAUUACAUGAAAGGAAAAGAGGCGUUGGAGAAGUGCCGGUAUGAGAAGGCUGUGCUCUGCUUUUCCAAAGCCAUCUUUCUGCAACCUGAACAGGUUCAGCUGCAUGUGAGUCAGGCGGAGGCGUACAUUCAGCUGUGUGACUUCCAGUCCGCAGCUGAAUGUUAUAAACGAGCCAGCGUUCUGGAGCCAGGAGCUUACAACGACCGUCUGGCCUUCAUCUACUACCUGCAGGCUCAGUGUUUGUUUGACCGCGGCCUUUUCCUCGAGGCUCUGCAGGCGUUCAGGAAAACUGCCGAGCUGAAGCCGCACGACACGACCUGCAGAAUCAGAAGUUUGGCCUGCCUGACAGCUGCCGGUCGACACAGCGAGUGUCUGAAGGGACUGAGCGGAUUAAUGGCAGAGAGUCCCACAGCUGACCUCCACGUCUUCAGAGCCCGAGUGCACAAAGCCAUGAACCAGACGUCAGACUGCGUCCGAGACGUGAAGUCAGCGCUGGCGUUGGACCCGACGUGUCGGGAGGCCGAAGCGCUGCGGCUGCAGCUGAAGGAGGCCAGCGAGGAGGCCAGACAGCAGGCGGUGCUCAGAACGCUCUCAGGCCACCUGCAGGAGGCGCUCUGCUUGAUCAACGCCGCCCUGGAGAGCAGCCCUGAGGACGGGCGGCUCUACCUGUUCAGAGGGAUUCUGUACAGACGUCUUGAGGAGUUUAGCUCCGCCAUCGAGGAUCUGGUCCAGGCCGCUGAGCUCAGUGAGCCGGAGGAGAAGAAGGAGCAGACGGUGAAAGAGGAGGCAGAGGAGAGCGGGUCUCUCCAGGAGGAGGUGCAGCUUCAGCUGGCUCUCACCUACAAUGACUUUGCCGUCCAGUGUUUCAGCCGAGGGCUCUACGCCGAGGCCACGCUGCUCCUGAGCAAGGCCAUCAGGGAGGAGAAGAAGCUGGCCGGCCUGUACCUGAACCGAGGAGACUGUUUCUUUAAGCAGGGCGACUGGUGUUACGCUCUGCUGGACUACCAGCAGGCCGAGGAGAUGCUAAGUCCCCAGGAGCCGGCCGUGAGGCUCCGCCUGGCCGUCGUCUACAACACCCUGGGCUCGUUCAGCUUCCAGGACGGGCGUUUCCAGGACGCGGCCGACAUGUUUUCCCUGGCCGUAAAGUACAACCCCGGCGUCAGUCAGUACUACGAGAGCAGGUCAAAGGCGCUGCGCAGGGUCCAGAACCUGCGGGCCGCCAGGGAGGACUUCAUCCGCCUGCUGAUCCUGGACUCCGACAACGAGGAGGUUCCUCCCAUGCUGAUGAAUCUGUUCCCCGGCAGCAGCGUGUCUGAGGUUCUGUCCAGCACCAAGGCCCGAGCGCUGCGAGCCGAGCUGACAGAAACCAUCCGGGCCUGGAGUUCAUCCUCUGACCCAGACAGCCUGAAAGAAUCUCUCCAGAGUCUGACUCUGACUGAUAAGAAGACCGAGCGGGAAUCAGCAAACCUGUGCCAGGCGGCCCAGGAGCUGAACCUGUGUGUCAGCGCAGCCGACCUGCAGAAAGCAGCCAAGGCCCUCCUGCAGGUGGAGGAGGCUCUGGAGUCGUUGGUCCCGGACCGUCCGGCGCUGCUCCACAGUAGGAAGCAUCACACCUCACUCUGUCCACCAGCACCGUCCACAUCCACUCAUCCAGCUGCAGGAGAGCUCAGCUGACCGGGCUGAGAAACAUGGCGCCAUCUCUCAUUUACAAUCAAAACAUUCUGCUAUAUUUUCUGUUUUAACGUUUCUACUUAUUUAAAAUUCU